AUGUAUUCUAAUAAAAGAUUAUUAUACCUUCCUAUUGGUAAAUUUAAUUAAAGCCUUUUAUGUAAAAUUUGCAAUAAUCUCUCUAUUGAUCCUGUUGAAUGUACUUAAUGUGAAAACCUUUAUUGCUUAGAAUGUUAUUAAAAUACUAAAUCUUAAAAUGAUAAGUAUAUUAUUAAUUAUAAUUUUGAGAUGCCCUGAUUUAAAUUGUAUUAAACCUUUUACAACUAAAAUACCUCAUCGUAUGAUUAGGGAUUAACUUUCAAAAAUCUAAUUCUAAUGUAUAAAUUAUAAAGAGGGGUGUAUAAUCCAAAUGUCAUAAGAAAAUGUGAUAAAACAUGCGGAAGAAUGUCCAUAUCAAUCAAUUACUUGUAAAUGUGGAAAAUCUAAUUAAAGAAGAAAUCUAGAAUAACAUGUAAAAUUUUUAGAAUAUUAAGAAAAAUUUAUGCCCUUUUUAUAAAACUUAAAGUUGUCAAAUUUGCAAGAAAAAUUUGACAAUUGAAGAAUUCAAGGGUCAUAAAUGUGUUCUUGAACUUUAGCAAAUUAUAAAUUAAUUUGAGGAAAAAUUCGUAGAUUAUAAAGAAUAAUCAAAUUACGCUAUAUUGGAAUUAAAAAAUUAAUAGAAUUAAAGAAUUAAUGAAAUUGCUACAGCUAAUUAAUAAGUUUUAAAUCUCAAAGAAGAAAAUAAGCAAUUAAAAUAGGAUCUACAAGCUCAACUAUAAAAAUUUAAAGAGAAUAUUGAGAAAUUGGAUCAAUAAAAAAAAUUUGAAUAAUAAUAAUAAUAAUAAUAAUAAUAAUAAUAAUAAUAAUAAAAUUAAAUCACUAAAGGAGAAUUGAUGGAAAGUAAUUAAAGUUUUUGUGAAAAAAAACAUAAAUUAAGUUUUUGGAAAAAACCUUGUGGUGAAGAAAAGAAAAAAAAUUGUUCCAAAUGUUAAAAGUAAAAUACUACUUGUAGAUAUUUUUGUCAAUAAUGUUAAAUAUUUAUUUGUUUUAAAUGUUGUUUUCCAGAAUUAAAAAUUGAAAAACAACCUAUGUAAACUUGUUGUCCUUCAAAACAUCAAAUGAAUCAAAUAAGUGAUGAUUUUAGAUGUUCAGUUUGUGACAAAAAAGGAGAUGACAUGAUUUAACCUAUUGCUUUUUAGUGUAAUUAAUGUGAAUUCCGUAUAUGCUUAUAAUGCAUAAAGAAUAAGAAAUUUCAGGAGAUUAAUUGA